GAGAGUGAUUUGGGCUCAUUCAGCUCAGCAGAUCUGAAGGAAAUGUCGUCUCAUCAGUUGAUUGAGUUCCUGGCAUUGUUGCUUCUGGAGGCUCCUCUUCCAGUGUCGCAUGUCCAGCGAAUGCAGCAAGUGUAUGACUUCAAUGCUAUAAACAAUUCUGAAAUAAGAUUCAGGUGGCUGCGCCUCUGUAUCAAGUCCAAGUGGGAAGAAGCUAUUCCUCUGGCUCUAAAAAUGGCAACAGACCAGGGCAGGAUGAAGUUUACUCGACCCUUGUUCAGGGACCUUUACAGUUUUGACAAGUGUCGAGAUCUGGCUGUGAAGACAUUUUUGGAGCAUAGAGCUUCUAUGCACCCAGUCACUUCAAUGCUUGUGGGCAAAGACUUGAAACAGGAUCAGUGACAAAUUUACCAAUUCCUUUGAAAUACUGUUGUUGCUGAAAGAAGAGACUGAUUCCACAAAUGGAUGAUAUAUGUGCUUGGUUAUGCCAUAAAAUGCUCUGCUGCUUUCAUACUAAUU